AUGGGUAGCAAAGAUUAUUAUGCCAUAUUAGGUGUUAAUCAAUUGGCAAGUGAUGAUGAAAUUAAACGUGCUUAUAAACAAAAAGCACUUAAACACCAUCCAGACAAAAAUCGUGGUGAUGUGGAUGCUGAGAAAAAGUUUAUGGAUAUCAGUGAAGCAUAUGAAAUCUUAUCAGAUCCGUAUAAGCGCUCUCUAUAUGAUCGUUUUGGCUCUGAAGAAUUACGAAACUAUCUAGGUACAGAUCCUCGUACUCAUUUUCGUUCGUCCGGUAAUCAUUAUCCCGAUUAUGGAGCUACUGAUCCAAAUAGUGAUUAUACAUAUGAUCCAUAUAAUAAUUAUUUUGUACGAUAUAAAGAUCCCACAACUUUCUAUGAUUUAUAUGUUACAUUAGAAGAAGUAAAUAAAGGUGCAACAAGAAAAAUGAAAAUAACACGUAAACGAUUCAAUGCUGAACAUAAUACAACUGUACGUGAUGAAAAAUUACUUGAAAUUCAAAUAAAACCUGGCUGGAAAGAAGGAACGAAAAUUACAUUUGAAGGUGAAGGUGAUGAAGGUGAUGAAAACACUAUAGCAGGUGAUAUUGUAUUUAUUAUUCGUGAUAAACCCCAUCCAAUAUUUGAACGUUCUAAUUCUGAUUUAAUUUAUCGAGUUAAACUCAAUAUAAAACAAGCAUUACUUGGCACAUUAAUUGUUAUUCCAUUUCUUGAUACAAAUAAACCACCAUAUCAAUUACGUUCUCAUCAAGAAAUCGUAACACCACAAACAGAAAAACGUUUUCUUAAUGAAGGCUUACCUUAUCCAAAAGAUCCAUCUAGACGUGGAGAUCUUAUUGUUAAAUUUGAUAUUCUUUUUCCCAAAAUACUUAGUAACGAACAACGUACACUUGUAGAUUGCUGUUUUUCAAAUUCUAUUGAUUCUUAUCUACCAUACAAUUCGGUGCUUCAUACUACAAUUAUUGAACAGACACAACAACAACAGCAACAGCCCGCACCACCGCCACCACCUUCACAACCCCCACCACCACCACCUCCUCCUCCACCACAAGCGCAACCCUCACAACAGCCACCGCCACCGCCACAAUCACAACCACCACAAUCAAAUUCGCAAUCGCAUCAACAUCAACACCAACAUCAACAUCAACAAUCACAACAAUCACAACAACAAUCAACAUCAUUACCACAGCAACCACAAGUAUCACCACCACAACCACGAUCUGGUCCUAAUUUUACAACAACUGGCCCACUUAAACAUCAAAAUGCUCCACCCAAUAAUAAUACUGCUACGAACAAUUCUAAUACUCAGUAUCAAAAAGUUUUUAAUCGUUAUGUGAAUCGUAAUGGACAUCAAAAGUCACCAAGUUCUCCAAUUAAAAAUCCUAAUAAAAUAAAAAUAUCACCUGUACGUGCUUCUGUACCGGUACCACCACCAGCACCACCAUCAUCACCUGCGACAUCAGUUGAUCGGAUUAUGGUUGAAAUGCAAGAAAAUCGAUCAAUCGAUAUAUCAAAUACAAUUAAUACAGUUAUCACAAAUUGGUCAUCUGGUGGACGAAAUCAAUUUAAUGAACUGUAUAAACAAUUACUUGAAGAUAAUAAAAAUAAAUAUGAAGCAGAACUUGCAUUGAAACAAUUGCUUCUUUCUUUAUGUAAAUCAUGUUUACAAGGUAGUCAAUUAGUCGAAACAAUUAUUCCAAUAUUUACUGAACUUCAAGAGACUGUCACUACUCCAGAAAUGAUCGGAGAUCUUCUAGCUGACAUUUUAGCAACUCUUGAUGUAGAAUUAUUUCCAAAUGAUGAUACAACAACAAAAGAAACUUAUAAACAACGAUUUUUUCAACUUAUUAACAAAUCGGAACAUAUUGUUUCAACAACAUUGUUGAUGGAACGUCUUGAAAUUGAUACAUUAGAAUAUCUUGAUUUAAUUAUUAGUCGUGAUCAAUUCAAUCAAAAAUAUGUUCGAAUAAAAACACGUCUUUAUUAUAAACAACAAAAAUUUAAUUUAUUACGUGAAGAAAGUGAAGGUUUUGCUAAAACUAUAACUGAAUUAAAUCAAAAUUUUUCAAUAACAAAAUUAAAUUCACAACAAUUAUAUGAUCGUUUAAUGGCAUUAAUUGGAUAUUUUGAUAUAGAUCCAAAUCGUGUACUUGAUUUAGUUAUUGAAUCAUUUGAAUGUCAUCUCGAAUAUACAAAAAUCUAUGUGGGUUUAUUACAUUUACUUCAUUUUGAUCGAUUAACAUUAUGUCAAUUAAUUGGAUUUAAAUUUCAGCAAUAUCAACUUCAAGACGAUACAGCUAGUUCAUUAUAUUUCUUAGCUGCUCAACUUGUUUCAAAUAAACUCAUUGAACUCGAAGAUUUAUUACCACAUUUAUAUCCAUUAAUAACAGAUUUUUCGGAUAAUUAUACAAAAGAACUUGAAAGUGCACGAGGACCAAAAAAAAGUUCAACAUCAACUGAUGCAAAUAACAAAUCAAAAGAUUCAAAUACAUUGAAAAGCAAUAAUCAAUUAUUACAUUUCAUCCAAGCAUUAUUGAGCAUCGGUGAUUUAGAACAUGCUUUAUUUUUAUUUGAUAAUCUACCACGAUGGUCAUGUACAUCAUAUCGAGAAAUAAAUACACUCUUAACAAAACUUAUUGCUUAUAUUAUUGAUCCACUUUAUAAAAAUAAUUCGGAUCUUCAUGCUUGUUUCCUUCAAUAUGAGUUACAUAAUCCAUUGAAUUCAGUAGUUUGUUCACGUGAAUUAAAAUUAAUAAAUACAUGGAAUGAAUUUCGUGAAAAUAUUUUUCCUUUAUUAUUACAUCUUGGUGCUUAUUGUCAAGAUCGUCUUUUAUUUAUGAAAUUAACACGUUUAUGUACAAAUUUAAUAAAAAAAUCAAUCAAUGCAGAUGAACAACAAGAAGAUAUACUUUUAUUAAUUGAUGAAGUUCUUUUUCCAAGUCUUUCAUUACUUGAUGUAAAUGGUUGUUUAUCUAUUGAAUUAUGGGCAUUAAUUAAAUUAUUUCCAUAUGAUAUACGUUAUGGACUCUAUGGACGAUGGCAUGAAGAAACUUAUCGAAAAACACCACAACUUAUUUUCGUUAAACAAGAUGUUGCAGAUAAAAGUCGAGCUAUACUUAAGUAAGAUAACUAUGAAGAGCGCGAAGCUUAAGCAAAUAUAGAAUUACACAUGACCCAAACCCAAACUGUUUGAGUUGGGUGAGUUUGGGUAUAUGAGU